UUUUUUUUUUACGUCCCUUUUAUCAUCAUGAACUUGAUUCUUAGUUCGUUAUUAUUCUUUGGAUACCUCAUUUGUGCGAUCACUGGCUACCGCGUUUUAUCCAAUGAUUCCUUAAAGAAAAUCGCGGAACUCUCACAACCUGAUACAUUAGAUAUCAAUAAUGGACGUUUAUUGAAACCCUUCCUUGUCGAACGAGUCUCUGGUACCGAAUCCAAUGCCAAGGUGCGUGAUUUUAUUAUACAGCAUUUUGAACGACUUGGAUGGCAUAUUGAAUUGGAUUCCUUUACAGCAAUGACACCAUUGGGCGACAAGAACUUUACAAACAUUGUGGUGACAAAGGAACCGGAAGCACAACAUCGACUUGUCCUAGCAGCUCAUUAUGAUUCGAUGAACAGUCCUAAUUUUGAAUUCAUUGGUGCCACGGAUUCAGCAGUGCCAUGUGCAGUGUUACUUUCAUUGGCAGAGACGUUGAACGAUCAAUUAUCAAGUACUUCGGCCUGGUCUGGUGGACGCAGAAAAAGGAAAUCUUGGCAAGACACAACUACACUGGAACUUAUCUUUUUUGAUGGUGAAGAGGCCUUUGUGAAGUGGACAGCAGACGAUUCUAUCUAUGGGGCUAGGCAUCUUGCUGAGAUUUGGGAACAAACUGUAGUGGCCAAUCCACAACAACAACAACAAGGACGACAAGGUAAUAGGCUUGAACUUAUUGACGUCUUGGUGUUACUCGAUUUGAUGGGCACUCCCAAUCUGACCUUUCACAAUUAUUUCCGCUCAACAAGUUGGCUUUUCCAUCAUUUGGCAAAUUUAGAACGUCGUCUUUCCGCUUAUGAUGAUGAUACCCUUUGGCAACCUUUUGAUCGAUUUCAACAACCUCUUCAAUAUAUGUUUCCUACUGAACCUACUCAGCUGACGUUUAAUAGUCAUGCCAUGAGUGAUGAUCAUUUGCCCUUUAUGUAUCGUGGUGUCAAUAUUCUCCAUUUGAUUCCUUAUCCUUUUCCAAAAGAAUGGCAUCUUGCUUCGGAUAAUGCUGAUUGUCUUGAUCCUCCUUCAAUUUAUAAUUUGGACGUAUUAUUUAGGGUAUUUGUAUGUGAAUAUUUGGAAUUGGAUCCUGUCCCUCAUAGUGAAUUGUAGUUUAGAUAUCAAUUCUUUUUAGAUGAAAUAAAAAAAACCUUAUUUUUGAUAUUUU